AACACUAUGAAGGAGGUGAUGUAGUAAAGUGUUUUAGCAUAACACAGAGACAGAUUCUCCAGUUGAAUGGAAAGAUUUGGGCGAGUGAGAGAGACAGAAUCCCAUUUUGUUGGAGCUCUGGAGCUCUAUAUGGAGGGAGAACAAUCGAUCUGUCUCAUUGCAAAAUAUACUUUCACCUGUUGCUCGUUCAAAUCCGAGCUCACCUCCAAGCAGUUGUGGCAGUCAGCAACAAGGUACGGUCGGGUGGAGUGUAGACGCACAAAUUUUUCGUACGAUCGUGGACAAGUUGGAGAGAAGUUUGUGGAGUUUUGUGUGAAGAAACGUGAAGACUUGGAAGCUUGUCAAGAAAAAAGCAACCAAAUGCUGCUCUUCCUCCUUGUGAUCUGUGCCCAAAUUGUUAGUGAUGCAUUCGCUAAUGAUAACCUCCAGGUGGCAUAUCAGUGGAAUCAGAUGGAUUUCAACUUUAGUAGUGCCUCACAUCGCGAUAGUGCCAUCAAAUCCGGCAUGUAUGUGCCCAGUUCUGUCGUACCAGUGGGUAUUGAAGUGCAAACCGACCGAUUAUUUAUCACAUUGCCCCGUUGGAAGACUGGCGUUCCUGCCUCAUUAGCCUUCAUCAAUAUGAACGAAACCUUCACGAGAUCGCCCUUGCUGUCGCCAUUUCCCAAUUGGCAGGCACAUAGAUUUAGUGAACAUGAACCACCAGAGAUUGUAUCUCCAUUCAGGAUUCGGGCGGAUCGCUGUGGACGCCUUUGGGUGCUUGACACCGGAAUUGACGAUCUCUUGGGUGAAAAUAAACGCAUCGUCAACACGCAACUACUCAUUUAUGAUCUUCACAAUGAUAAUUUACUGAGACGCUACACAUUUCCCGAUGAUCAAGUUAAGCAGAAAUCCUUCUUUGCCAAUAUUGCUGUUGAGGAUGGACAGUGUGAUGAUACAUUUGCAUAUUCAGCUGAUCUUGGAUCACCAGGACUCGUUGUCUAUUCGUGGAAACAAAAUGAAUCAUGGCGUGUGCAUCAUAAUUUUUUCCAUCCUGAUCCUCUUGCUGGGAACUUUAGUAUCACGGGAGUAAAUUUCCAAUGGGAUGACGGACUUUUUGGGCUGGCUGUAUCAAAGGCAGACCCAGAAGAUGGUUUUGCAACCCUCUACUUCCACCCACUAAGCUCCACGAGGGAAUUCUCCGUCUCAACGCGAUUUCUGCGUGAUAAACAACUAGCCAUGAAUGAUUCAGCCAUCUACAAGGAAUUCAAAAUUUUAGGAUCACGUGGACCUAAUGGUCAGUCUGGAUCACAAUUCCUCGAUCAACUCACGGGCGUUCUUUUCUACUCCCUGCCAAAUCUCAAUGCUGUUGCCUGUUGGCGAACAACGAACAAAGUGUACACAAUUAAAUCUCAGGGAAGGGUCUACAUGAAUGUGGAGGAUAUGCAAUUCCCAAAUGACAUCAAAGUGGACAAUCAGGAUCGUCUGUGGGUCCUCUCGGAUCGUCUCCAUCAAUUUAUCUAUGGCGAACUCAAUCCCAAUGACAUCAACUUCCGCAUCCUCACGGCUGAUGUGACGGAUGCAAUUGAUCAUACGGCAUGCGAUACAAAACCCAAAACACUGCCAGAUAUUAUUACCAAAUUAGGUGACAUCCUGAGGCCACAGAAGGCACCAACCUCCGGAACGUCGAGUCAGCACCCAACGACGAUUCUCAUCCACACAUUCCUCCACAUUGCAAUAUAUUUUAUAGCCGCCGCCACAUUCAUGUGAAAAGAUCUUGUGCUCAAAGAGCUGUGCGAUUAUUUAUUAACUCGCCAUCGUCAUUAUUACCAUUUUGUGGCCAUAAACAUAUAAUAGUGCGUUUAUAUAUAGGAUUCCUAAAUAGAAAAUAGAGAACAUCUUGAAUUUUUUUUUCUUCUUUCCCACUACUGAUAACAUCGAAAUUAAGCGCAAAAUUUGUACAAAUUCCGUCAACACAUCGUUGUGUUUGUGGUGCCUCAAAAUUGGCAUUUUACUUUUGUGAGGCAAAUCCACCAAGGUCCGUCCACCGCCAUAUAUUGCAUAAUGAACAAAAAAUAUGAACAUCAAGUUCAAAGUGAGAGUAAAUUUUUGUGAGAACGAAAAAGGUAAAAAGUUGUAUCAAUUUGAUGAUUUUGAAAGUAAGAAAAAAAGAUCGUAUGUGUAAAUAUAUAAAUACAUUUCUCACAA